CCUCGACCAGGGCGCCCCUCCCCCCGCGCGCGCCCCCGUUCUGAGGCGCUCGGCGGCCGCCAUGUCGGGCGCCCACCCGUGGCGGAGGAAGGGGUCGGUCCGGGCCGAGUCCCUGGUGCCCGCCCUGCUCCCGCGCAGCAACCUGCUCCGCGCCCUGGAGGAGAAGCGGCGGCUGAAGUUCCUGCUGCACAGGUUAUUUUUUGUUGCCAAGCUAUCAGAAAGAGCAGACAGGCGAGAGGUUACAGGUUACCAUGAAAGACUGUUUCAGAACAUAUUAAAAUACCACCUAGGAGAACCAGUCUCAGGUCUACUUCUCCUCUAUCCCAGCUCCAUUCUUCAUAUACUAGAGUCCUCCAGCGGCACAUUAUAUCAUAUCCUCCAAGAUCUAGCUUCUCUUCAGAAGCAAGGUUCCAGUGCUUUGUUACAGGAAAUUAAGAUUUUAGUGGUGUCACAUAACAUCCCAACCAGGCUCUUCCUGCAGUGGUAUGUCACAAUGGUGAUACUGCCUGUGACAUACCUAGAAGAUGUGACACAAUCACAGUCUACAGAAGAGGUGGUCACUGAAUGUCUUACACUCCUCCUCAAACUGGGAACAUAUCUUUCAAAGACUUUUAAGGUGAGCAGUAAGGGACUCGGUGACAAUCUACACACCCUUGUCCCAGAACUUCUAAUCCCAGCAGAAACAAUUAAUUACUUGUGCAAGGCAAAAGAAUUUAUGAGUCCAGAAGCAUUUCUGAAAAUGUAUAAUAAUCCUUUACAGCCUGCCAUGGCUUCAGAAACUGUGUGGCCUACCCCUUGUCACUUGUAUCCAUGAUGCACCAAACUAAAGUACUUCCUCCUUAGCAUUAUCUCAUGUUUUCAUUAUUUACAAAACACCCUUCAAGGCCCCUUUGAAUUCUAAGUGUAACAAAGUGAACAAGCUACCAUGAAUGCUAGAUCCACUUAUCUUUUAGAGAGCAUGCACUUUUAACCUGACAUUCUUCCUGGAGAGCAGAAGUAUGAAGGAGGAGCUUCCAUGCAGUAGAAGAGGAUCAGGAAGAGGGCUUCAAUGUAAAUCAUGUGUUAUCUGCCAUAUAAAAUGUGAAUAAAUAGACUUUCAAGGACAGUGUGAAACUAUGGAAUGCAACAAUCACUGUACAUGAGUUAUACCAAAAAAUUCAGAGGCAGGGUCAAAUAGACAUGGGUAGUAUAUGAGCUUGUAUACAGAAGAAUACAAAUUAGGACGAUCAUACAAGUAUGAUUAAAGGUCUAGAAAACAACCUAGAUAAUACUUAGCCCUGCCUAUGAGUGCAGGAGACUAGACUAGACAACAUCUUGAGGUCCCUUCCAGUCCUAGUAUUCUCUCUCUCUCUCGCAAUAGUCUAUGAAAGAUAGAUCAGUUGAGCACUCAGCUGUACUUUCUGUGGCUGAAUAAAUAAUGGGCACCAGGUCUCAGAUGUAGCCACUUUAAAGAGUAGCAGUUAAAGCUCAGCAUUGAAGUCCUAGUGUGUUUUCAGUGGAUCACAAAAAUGCAUGGAGAAGUUAGUUAUAUUUGGAU